AUGCCUUCUAAAAUGAUAACUCAUUUCCCAUGGGCUGCAUCACCAUUUAUCAUGAAUGCACCAAUGGAGGGAUUCGCGGGCGGUGAAUUAGCAGCACAAGUAACUUUGGCAGGCGGCUUGGGAUUUGUUGGUGGCACGACAAACCUUGAUAAAGAAAUGGAAAUAGCCUCGUCCAUCAUCUCAAAAGAGCCUUCUUUUGGGAAUUAUACCGGGAAAACGUUCCCCAUUGGUGUCGGAUUUCUGGUGUUUAUAACAGAUAUCGAAAAGGUAUUGCCUAGUGUGGCGAGGUGGAAACCGAAGGUUGUUUGGUUGUUUGCCGCAAAGGAACUGAGCGCCCUGCAAACCUGGGCUGAGCGGAUUCGGGAGGUUACCGGUGGAGAGAGUCAGAUAUGGAUACAACUAGGCUCGGUUGCAACAUCUCUAGAGGUUUUGAAGAUUGCCAAACCUGAUGUUGUUGUGGCGCAAGGGAGCGAUGCUGGCGGUCACGGAAUCGACCAAGGAGCAGGAAUUAUCAGUUUGCUUCCUGAAAUGAGAGACGCCAUGAAUCAAAACGGCUUUGAGAAAGUCCCUAUCGUGGCUGCUGGUGGUAUUGCAGAUGGUAGAGGUGUAGCUGCUGCGCUGACAUUAGGCGCUGAAGGUGUCGUUAUGGGAACUCGCUUUUUGGCUUCAGAAGAGGUUCGACUUCCCGAUGACAACUAUCGACAGGCUGUUUUACAAGGGAAGGAUGGAGGUCAAUAUACCGUCAGGAGCCAAGUGUUUGACGAACUUCGGGGCCCUACUAUCUGGCCAACUGGUUACGAUGGUCGUGCUGUUGUUAGUGCAAGCUAUCGGGAUCAUCUUACAGGAGCAAGUAUCGAAGAAUUAAGAAGCAAGACCAGACAGGCGGAAGAGAAAAAUGGGAAAGACUAUGGUGUACAAGGGCGAAGUGCUGUCUGGGCGGGAGCUGGGAUUGGCCUGGUCAACAAAGUACAAAGUGCGAGAGACAUAGUUUUCGAGGUACGGAAAAGCGCAGUGGAAACAAUCGAAGCGGCAAGAAGUAGGGUUUAG